UCCCCACCCAAUAUUACCCAGCACACAGAAGCAGACACAAAAACCUCCCCUCCAGUUUCAACGCGUUUUUUGCCCAACCCACCCUCAUCCUUCCCAUACUGUGUCUUGGUUAUAACAGUUCUCUGGGACCUUAUUCCUUUCGGAAUCCCCAGCCCGACGCAGAAGGCCUGGCACCGGAGGCAGCCGUCGGAGAGAAGCCGGAGGAGCGGGCUUUCGGAACUGUGCUCGGCCGGGCUGCACGCACGUCCCUCGGGAGGGACGAAGCUAUGGAGAGUUUGGGGCAGAUCAUCUCCUUAUGCAAGCUCAUCUACAAAAAGUGUGAAGAGAUGAAAUACUGCCAGAAACAGUGUCAGCGUCUAGGGAACCGUGUCCACAACCUGCUCCUGGUUCUGGAGUUGCUCCAGGAGCAAGGAAAUGGGAACCUGCUCCCUGAGGAGAUAACGACCACCCUGGACCAUUUGCACACUGCCCUGAAGGAGGCUGAGAAGCAGAUAAAAGAGUUCAAAGAUACAACCAAAAUGUUGAAGUUUCUACUGUCAGGCAAAAACCAAAUACUCUUCAAUGCAGUGAAUGAGAAGCUGAGUGAUGCCUGUGAGGCGCUCUCGAUGAUGUUUCAGGUUUCCCAGUUUUCAAGUCUCAGCCGAAGAGCGUCCUGGCUACGAGAAGAUCAAGAGGACGCAGAGGAAGACAUGCAAGCUCUCCAAAGUCUGGAGAAAACUAAAAAUAAAGAAGCUUCAAUGAAGCAGGUGGAAAGCACCAUGAAAGAAAGAAAUGGGCCAGACCCACCACCAAAGCCCACGCUUAAGAUCCCACUGGAAGAAAUCAAGGAGAUUAAGAAGGAGGAGCUUUCAGAGUCCCCAUGGAUUCUGCUAAAGCAAGAUGAUUUCAGCACACUUUAUAAAGGAGAAUAUCACAAAUCUGAAGUGUCCAUAAAAGUAUUCAACAAACCCCAGGCCAAAAGCAUUGGGGCAGUGAGGGACACUUUCAAUAAUGAGAUCAAAACCAUGAAGAAAUUUGAUUCUCUCCACGUCCUGCGUAUAUUUGGGAUUUGCAUUGAUGAAACAGUGACUCUGCCUCAAUUCUCCAUCAUCAUGGAGUACUGUGAACAUGGGACCCUGAGGGAGCUGUUGGAUAAAGAAAAGGACCUCUCUUUCAGUGAUCGUGUCAAGCUAGGCCUGGGGGCCGCCAAGGGCUUGUUCAGGCUACACCAUUCGGAAAACCCUACACUCCAUAGAAAAAUCAGCAGCUCGAGCUUCCUGGUAAGCGCAGGCUACAUAGUAAAGCUUGCAGAUUUUGAGUUGAGCAAAACAAGGACUUCUAUCAGUCGGGAAACUAAGAGAAAAAAGGCAGAGAGAGUCAUUUCAGCAGCGUAUUACUCACCUCAGAGGCUGGAAUAUGUGUUUGAUAGUUAUGACAUAAAAGCUGAAAUAUACAGCUUUGGAAUCGUCCUGUGGGAAAUCGUCACUGGCAAGAUCCCGUUUGAAGGCUGCGAUUCUAAGACAAUCCGCCAGUUGGUGUUUGAGAACCGGCAGCUGGAGCCACUGGGUGACAAUUGCCUUAAAGAGCUGCAGAAGAUCAUUGAUGAGUGCCGGGCCUAUGAGCCUUCCGCGCGGCCCUCCAUGUCUGAAAUCGUAGACAAACUGUCUGCCAUUACUGUGUAGCAUAUCAAAACCUGAACCAAAGAGUCCUUGGACAAGAAGCUGGGAGAGGCAUGCACCAGACGUCUCUCUCAUAUCCUUUGGCAUCAAGUUAUUUAUGGUUGCUGGAGGGCAGCACUUCUCAUUUACAAUUUCUGUCAUAGAGGAUGCAUCCUACUCCAAAUGUUAUUUUUAAAAAUAUACUUCUGAUAGUAAUUUUGAUAGAUGGUUUGCAAAAAUGUAUCUCUGUGUCCAUACCUCUUGGCAAUGUAACUUUAAAGCUCCUUACAUCAAGAAGUGGAGUCUGUUUCCCCACCAUUUGAAUCUGGGCUGGCAUUGUGACUUGAUUUGGUCCAUAGAAUGUGGAAGAAGUGAUGGUGUGCCAUUUCCAAGCCUAGGCUUAAAGAGGCCUUAUAAAUGUCUAGUCUCUUUCUUGGAGCCCUACCCAGCCAUGAACAAGUUGGACUAGAAUGCUGGAGGAUGAGAGACCACAUGGAACAAAUAGAAACAAGCUGUCCUAGCUGAGGUCACACUAGACCAGCCAACCUGGCAGCUGACCUGGUUACAUGAGUGAUCCCAGUCAAGACCAGAAGAACCACCCAGCUGAGCCCAGCCCAAAUUGCCCAUUCAUAAAAUCAUGAACUAAAUAAAUUUUUGUUGUUGUAAACCA